AUGUCUACCUCUAAUAUCUCUGCGUCAUUCGAUCUCUUCGAGCAGGUCUCGAAGUCUCAGUCGGCUGUGCCGCAACGGAGAAUCAGUUAUGACGACCUUUACGAUGUCACGGACGAAUCGAUGGAUGAUUCAGAUGCGGAUGGCUGCCCUUCACUAUCCAGCCACGGCGACACCCGCUCCAGCACUGCUUCGUACACGCUCUCAUCAAACCGUAUGUCAACAGGAACAAACCGGGAGGGAGGACGCCGGAACAGGUAUCCUGUCAUCAUGAUUCCGCCGCCCACUUUUAAUACCAUUCACCAGCAGCACAAGAACUCGCCCGUGCCUCCCACUCCUCCGCCAAAAAUUCCUCUAUCGCCCAUGGUCCUGUCUCGACUUUCUGGGGUUGUCCCGGCUCUCUAUGCACCUCCAUCUUUGGCAGGCAGUGCAGCCUCCGAAAGACCAUCGACCCUUAGUGCACCGCAGACUCCAGAUUUGGCGGCUGUGCCUGAUGUGGACUGGGAUGAAGAGCAGCUCCGUGUUCAGUCAGACUCAGAGGGAGCAGGAGACCCUAGAUCGGCAAGUUCUGAUAUGAGUCCUCAGAUCGAUAUUCAACUUGAACAACCUGAGGAUUGGAGCCUUGUUCUGGACCGAUUCCCUAAAAUCCCAACUCAUUAUCCGAUUGGUAAAGCACCGGAAAGCGAGGACGAAGCGGGAUACGAAAGUGAGCAAUCCUUGGAAGGUGUUCAACUCUCAUCUGCUGCCAUGGAGACACUACAGCAUAUCCGAGUUUUAGGGGAGGAUAGUAACGCUUCAUCUGCCUCUUCUGUAAACGACCCGUCUGAAAUGAACCAAUACACCGGAUUCCCUGAUACUCGUCCUAAGAGCAUGAACGAUGCUGCUUGUGCUUCCGUGAGCUCCGCUUCCUCAUUCACAAGUCUAAGCAUCCCAUCGCCUGGUGGAUUCUUUUCCUCCCUUGAUCGACAGGCUCGAAAAACAUGGAGUUUAGUUCCAACCAGCAAUGUCCCCACGUCCGCUGUUGCGGAAAGGUUCUAUGACCUUCCCUGGAAUGCUCGUCCCCAGGGCCGUGUGAUUGAACAGGUUGUGGAAUAUCGAAAUAGUUAUAUGGAUGACGACGAUGAUGCCACUGAGGGCCCUCCAACUGCUAAGCGGAUAAUUGGCUCUGCUCCUCAAACUGCGAGAAAGAUCCCUGAAGAGGUUUCCGAAUUGGUGCUGAAGCUCGACACUGGCGAGAAGCAGCAAGACGAGGUUUCCGAGUACGAUGAAUCCUAUGAGGAGGGUUUACAGACUCGCGCAAUGCAGAGCCUUGACCGUACCAGCACUUGGCUAACGGCACAAACUCAAUAUAUGGCGGCACUGAGCGAGACAAACCCCAUCAACAGCCCAAAGGAGACACCGGUCACUCCCAUCAAUGAAAAUACCCUGACUGUCCCGGAUAUCACUCUCGGCACUACAAAAACGGUUCGCUUCCUUGAUACCAUCCCUGAGGAAUCCUCUGAAAGUCAGUCCGGGCCAUCUACUCCACUUCCGCCCCUUCCAGUUGCAGUAAACUCCAUCUUCUACCGUGGAUUUCAGCAUUUCAUGCGCACAAGGGGCAGAAAUUGCAACAGGGACGCCUUCCUUCAUAGCAAUUUCCGAUACGAAGCGCUCCAAGUUUCCCGCCUAACCAUGCGCGAAAAGCAUGUAGACAAACUUGCGGGCAAAUAUGAGCUCAGCAACCCCGUUCGCCCGCCCUACAAAGGCCCAUUUUCACAAGCUCCUCGAAACUCUGUCCUCCCUCAAAUCAUUGCAGACAAAAAAAUGUACAAUGAUGUGGAAAAGGAACAGGAUGCCCUGCUUCAGGUCCAGGAUUCUCUUUGGGUGAUAGAUGCUCUCAAAUAUAUCAACGGUGGCCGAUUGAUCCCCAGCCCUGCAGCCAAGCGCCUUGCAAAGACAAAUGUACCUCAAGGUGGCCCGCAGAGUUCUGUCAAGCGCAGAAUCAGAGUGCUUGAUCUGGGAGGCCAAGCUUCCUGUGAAUGGUCUUGGUUCGUCGCACGAGAGUUUCCCAGCGUCAGGGUAUACACGGUCGUCACCAAGAAGCAAUCAAGGGAUAUGGCCAUCCAAGGUCCACCAAAUCACCAAUGUGUGCUAGCCCCGAGCCUUUGGAAGCUUCCAUUCCCCGACAACCACUUUGACUUGAUUUCUGCUAGAACGCUUCACAUGCUUCUCCGGUCUACCCGAAAUAUCAUGGUGAACGGUGAAAAAGUCGACGAAUUUGAGCUUUGCUUGCAGGAAUGUUUCAGGUGCUUAAAGCCCAAGGGAUAUCUCGAGUUCUUCCUUAUGGAUUCUGACAUCGUUCGUGCUGGCCCAUAUAACUCCGCUACUUCCGUCGAGUUUGCGUUCAACCUGAAGACUCGUGGGUAUGAUCCAAACCCUACAAAAACAUUCCUCUGGAAACUGAAGAAGUCAAACUUUAAUUCUAUAAAGCGUGCAUGGCUAUUCAUGCCAAUGGGCACCGUUCCGACUGAUGCCUCUCAAGUCCCUGGCAGCAGGAACAUGGAUAGUGCUGGCGAUAUAGGAAGCACCGCCGAUGUGGCAAACAUCACAGGGCUACUUGUUGGGUGGAUGUGGGAGCAAUGGGUACUUAAGCUACAGAUGGAGAUGGGCCGUGAUGAGAAGAGGUUGCUUGAAGAGAUGAAUGGUGUUUUUGAUGAAGGGCGCAAGUCUGGAGCCGGAUGGAGGUGCCUGAGCGGUUGGGCUAUGAAGCCUUCACGCUCAUACUGA